AUGGAUAAAAGUCAGAGUUCGAAUGACGCUUCCAGUGCUGAAUCCAGUUCUAUUAAGCCUACAACUGCACCUCGCCCAACAACAUUAAAUAUACUGCUGGACAAUACAAUAAAAAGUCCAGCAUUGUCAUCUUUCCUGACACCUUCUCUAGAAGAACUCCAACCGAUUUUACGUUCAGAGGUAGAAAAAAUCCUUCAACAUCUAAAAGCGUCUCCUCAAACUCCUGGAAGCUUUCUCAAUCCUAAGCAUGUUACUGAAGAACAAGAGAGGUUCGCUAAUGUUUUUACUCAGAAGUUGAAUGAGCUACGGGAUGCAUCUAGUCUGGCCUCUCUGACUGCAGCUCUCAGUCCUGUUACUUCUGCCGUAAAUAAUAGUGGUUUGUACAAUAUCAAUUUGGCUGAUUUCAACUCUCAAAAUCUACCAAACUUUGCCGAACUAUGUCGUCAAGCAAGUCAAAGUGGAAUCAACACAACUCCAGCAUCUAUACUCUUUUACUCUCCAGCUUGCUUCGAUGCGCAGUCAUUCUCUAGUGUUCAGACUGUUACUCCAGGUCUUGUUGCUUUUCAGUCACAACAAACUGAUUCGGUCAACUCAACAUCUGAACAGAGUAUCACACUAACGAAUUUGCAAAAUUCACUUUCUAUUUCUCUCCCCAAUACUGCUCAACCGGCCACGGAUAGUGAAGUUACAACUGUUCAACUGCCUAACGGGUUGCGUCUUGGUAUCACAACCAAUGGCGCUUCACAAGCGUCAGUUCUUCAGAUGCUAGGUAUUGAGCCCCAACCAGAGCUUGUCCAUCAUGCUCAUAUUCAGAACCAAUCUUUGGAUCCGUCUCUCUGGCCUUUAAACAUACAAACAAAUCUACCCCCUAACGACACUUCCGAUAGUCGUCGUACAGCUUCAGCAAGUUCACUGCAAGACCCUGAUGAUGCUCGUCCUUCUUCAGUAGACAUUAAUUUAGAGCAAAAUGAUCCGAUGCGAAACGUCAGAUCAUCUUCCGUCUCUUCUGUUUCUUCUUCGUCUCAAGGAAAUAGUUCUAGGAACGUCGCGGUUUCUAACCUCAAGGACACACGUUUGGAUCCCAGUGAGCAGUCGCGCAUGCGGUUAGAGCGGAAGAGAGCGAGAAACCGUGAUGCGGCUCGUAAAUGUAGGGAACGAAAGAUUCGUUUGAUCAAAAGUUUGGAGAAAGACGUGAUUCAUCUCUCUGAAGAAAACAGGGCGUUGCGUAAUCGAUUAUCUCGCAGCAGAAUUGAAGUGGAACGUCUGAAAAUGUUUGUUGUCAAUCAUCUUGACAAGGACUGUCCUGCUUUAUCUAGUAAGGUAGCAUAA